CCAGUAAUGUCUACCAGAGGAUCAAGAGCUUCAAGAAUCACAGAAGAUGAAAUUAAGGAUCUAAUCCGAAAGUUACAAGCUGUGAUACCAGAGCCUCAUAAGACGGGCACAAUCAGAGGAGCAUCAGCUUCGAAGAUUCUGAACGAGACAUGCAACUACAUAAAGAGCCUGCACAGAGAGGUGGAGGACCUUAGCGAGAGAUUGUCAGCGUUGAUGUCCUCUAUAGAUACCAGCAGUGCUGAGGGAGAACUUAUGAAAAGUCUACUUGUUCAAACAAUGAGAAGAUCCGAGAGGUAGUGUGAAGGUUGUGUCCUUGAGCCAACCCACAUUGGACAAAAUCCCAGCUCUUGUCCAAUUAGAUGAUCCUAAAUGGUGGCUUUAGGGGAAAACA